AUGGGGUCUGCAGAAUUACCGUCGGAGUUGAUCUUCGAGAUUCUAAGCCGAACGUCGUUGGAAACCCUAGAACGAUGCAAGGCGGUUUCAAAGAGUUGGAAACAGAUUAUUUACGAGCCUUCUUUUCUCCCUCUCCACUGCCAAAGAACCAAUUCCCUCUUCGGCUAUUUCUUCCAAGACGUCAGACGCAUUGCUAAAUUUCCAUCGGCGUUGGUAUCCUGCGCCCCCGGCGCCGCCGCUGCCGCAGCCAUCAAAGUAACUUGGCCGUGCGACGACAUGGAGAUCCUAGCCUCGUGCGAUCAAGGGAUUCUUUGCUGCCAGAGACGAAUAUGCUACAACAAGCGAUUCUACGCUUGCAAGCCCGCCACCAGCCAGUGGCAGGCUCUGCCCAAUCCCAAGCUCCGCUACGAGACCGACGCUGUCGCCAUCGUCGUCGUCCGAUCCACCCCUCUCCGCUACAUCAUUGCUCGAUUGUACCACUCCGAGACGAUGCAGCAUCACUGUGAGAUAUUCGAUUCGGAGACGUGGGCGUGGGAGAAGAUCGAGUGCGCGGCUCCCUACGGCGAGAUCAUAGAAUAUUGCCGCCGCGCCGUCACCACGGCCGGCCGAUUUUUCCACUGGCUCACCGUCAACGGCAACGUGCUGACGCUGGACGUGAAGAGGAGGAGCUUCCGGUGUUCCCCGCUGCUGCAGUGCGACCCCGCCUGCAAGUGGAAGGAGCUAGUGGAGUAUGAGGGAGAGCUAGGGUUUGCGCGCAUGGUCGAGGACGGAGACAGGAGAGAGAUGGAGGUGUGGGUGGGGGCGGAGAGGAAGGUGGUGGUGGACAUGAGAGGUAUUGAAAGAGCUCUGAAGCAUGCGCAGCCGGUGGAGUUGUGCAGCAGCACUGUAGUUUUCUUGAGGUCCGCGGACGGAGGAGGGUUUUAUAAUAUUCAAAACGGCAGUUUUAGUAGAGUGGAGGUUCCUAAUGAGCUCAGAAAUCCGAAACAAGUUUUCCGGUUUAGAUCGGAUGGGGAGAUUAUUGAUCUUAAAGGUGGUCCACGGCGUGCGUUCGAACCGAAUAGUCCAACACCCGAUAAGAUUAUUUCAAGUGGGUUGAUCCGAAUGACAUCGCUAGCUAUGUUAUUUUUGUUCUUAGGUUUUUCAACCAUUAGUCAUUAG